CCCCAGGGGAGGGGAAGGGGCUGCGAAAAUAGCAGGAGGAAUCAGGAUUGGACUACAUAAGGCCUUAUCCUGACAGACAAGUAGCACUGAGAACUGGGCCAGAGUCCCAAACAGGAAGGGUGAAAUAGGGAGCUAGGAGACACCAAGGUCACACUGGGGCUUAGGGAGCUUCCAAACUACUGGGGAGUGAGCAGGAGGAGGGAAGGGAGAAAGGUUCCAGAGAGGAAGGAUGUACAGAGGUAGUUCCCGGGUCCUGUCCUAGCCUGAAACCGGUUUUCCCGGUCCCGCUGCCUUCAGCCUCAAGGCCUCCAACCCGCUGCCCGACAAGCCUUCACAAGAAGCAGCUGGAGAAAGAGAAAGAGAAAGAGAAUUGAGAGAACAGAGUGGGCAACUCUGGCUCCAAGCCCGGGGCUGCAGCUGGUUCCUUGUAGAGACCUCCAGACGUGGAGGGGUGCUGAGGGGCAACAGAGAAGUAGGCGGACACGCACUUUUCAGUCAACUGACAGGCAUCUGCCCCAGCACCAACUCUGUCCUCCCCCGACAAGAAAGGUCUUGCGGGGUUGGGGGGGGAAGGCACAUACGAGCAAACAGGGCUAGGCCCUAAGCUCCCUCCCCAGCAGAUUCAGUCCCACAGACUCCAUUUCUGCCCACUCCCCAACUCUACCCAGAAAUCCUCCGCUCCUCCCAAAGCUGAAUCAGGACUGGGAUCUCGCUGUGAAUUUUUCGGAUUCUGUCACAGUCUUCCGUGGUUGCUUCGGGCUCAGACUCAGCCCUUCCAGGACCCAACUGGGCUUGCUCUGUCCGGCCCACGCCACCACGGAGUUCACCCAGAGCAGACGCCGGAGCCCCCCCGAGGUACUCCUUCCAUCUUUGGAACACACUAGUAAUUCACUGAUAACAGGAAGUUAUGAGGGAUCCUGUGAGUAGCCAGUACAGCUCCUUUCUUUUCUGGAGGAUGCCCAUUCCAGAACUGGAUCUGUCGGAGCUGGAAGGCCUGGGUCUGUCAGAUACAUCCAUCUACAAGAUCAAAGACGGCAGCGCUGGCAAAAUGACCGGGCAAGCAACGGGAGAACAGGAGAAAAACUCCGAAGGCGAUUCCCUCCUUGAAUACAGCACCUUCAACUUCUGGAGAGCUCCCAUUGCUAGCAUCCACUCCUUUGAUUUGGACUUGCUUUAAGCCCAAGACUUCUCUUUCCCACCACCUGCUGUCACUGUCUUCCCUUUCAAGCCCCUUCCUUUCUACCCUUUUCUCCUAUUAAUCUUGCUCUCUCCCCUCUAUUGUGUUGAGGUGGUGCUGAUUAAUCUGCCAGAGUUGUGUUGUAUGUAUGUAUGUAUUUAUUUAUUUAUUUAUCUAUUUAUUUAUCUAUCUCUCUAUUUUAUCAGUUUCUCUCAAAAGCCCUUAAGCCACAAAGAAAAGGGUUUGAGCAGUGGAGUAUUGGAUCACAGGGAUUCCCCCUCCCUCCACCAGGGCCCCAACUAAUUCCAGAAAACAAGCCUGGUGGGGGCACCAGAGAGUAGUACAAUGGUACAAAAUGGAGGGUGGAUUUUUUUACUUCAUUUUAAUCAGCUUUAGAGAUUGCUUAAACCUAAUUUCCUGCUCCAGAUCAGUAAACAUAAAUCUUUCUUCCACCAUUGUUGAAAACCUUAGAAGUUUUCAUUUGAGAUUAUCUGCGAUAAGACAGUAGGAUUUCUAAAUGGCUAAGGUGAUAAGUCUCUUGCUAUUUGAUCCUGCUCCUUGUAAUAUAUGUUUUCUCAGAGAAAUUGGGGAUAGUUAAAAGUAUAAAACAAAGGAAGUAAUACAUCAUGGAAAAUUAAAAUAGGGGAAAGCACUGAAUCAUUUCAGAAAUAACUACAUUCUC